AUGGACAGAUACCAAGUCAAUCUUAUUGACACCCCGGGCUUUGACGACACCAAGAUGGAGGAAUCGCAUGUACUAGCCAUAAUUACCGACUACCUUAAGAGCGGUGUUCGCCUUUCGGGAAUUUUAUAUCUACAUCCCCUCAACCGUGGACGAAUGGGUUGGGCUGCGACAAGAAAUCUGGGAAUGAUUCAGAACUUGGUUGGGCCAGAAAACAUGAAAAUGGUUCGGUUGAUAACCACUAUGUGGGACAGAGUUUCUCCUAAGGAUGGUCAAGAUGAGGUGGAAGAGCUUCAAGAAGAAUUCUGGAGCGAAAUACUUGCUGCCGGGGCAAAGACGGAUCGCUGUAUCGAUGCUACCGAGGAUGGCAAACGUAUCAUCCGGUCGAUCCUAAAAUCACCUCCUGUGCGAUUGAAAUUCCAAAAAGAAAUCGAGAACGGCGUUGAACCGGCGGCGACGGCUGCUGGCAAAUUUGUCGCCGAUAAAAUUGUGGAACUGCUGGGAGAACGUGUCAAAGAAAUAAAGGUGUUACAAGAUCAACUGGCCGGGCUUACGUGCGAUCGCACUAAGGAGGCAGAAAGGGAAAGAGCGUCCCAAGAAAACCUUCAAAAGUUGAACGAAGCUCAAGAAUCAAUCAAAGAUCUAAAGGAAGAGUUGAGAAAGUUGAAGGAAAGUGUGGCGGACCUUGAGAAUUCGAAAAGUGGUGGGUGCAUUAUACUGUAA